UGUUUAUUAUUCGAUGAAAUGUUUGCUUUGUCUUAGUGAAGCAGAACAUAUACAUAGCAAUUAAUACUUGAUAUUUUCACUGCUCAGUGAAAAGCCUUUACUUCUCUGAAGUGUAUUGUCAGAUUCAUCUUAAAUUCAUCGUAAAUAUCUCCCCAUUUCUUGCAAAUCUACAGUUUAUAGAGCCAUUCAAAAUAAUGGAUUUACAUAAUAGGCAAAUCUACAUACUGUGUCCUUUGAAACACAUCUUUAGCGGCUUUUGAAGAUCUUUAAAUCCCAGUUUUGUUGGGCUAAGUAAGACAGUAGUGUUAGGGGUCACGUACAGCUGGAAUAACUUGAAUGCCUUUCAUAAAGACCACCAAUAUGGUUGGACCAAACGUGAAAAACAGCGGAAUUAAUGUUACUUCUGCACCUAUCACAAUUUUAUAAAUAUCAGAUGGUAAAUACCUUUUAUCCUCUAUAGUUUGUGCUUGGAAGCUUCAUUUGGGAAAGAGAGGGAAGAAUCCUGACUAGUUAAUGCAUCUCAGAUGGGAAUGAUUUUAAGCCACUCCCCUUGAAUUAUAUUGUUCUUUUCAGUCAAAUUUAGAUUAUUCUUUAUACCUCCCCCUGUUGUAGUAGUGAUCCUGUUAGAUCUCAAAUCAAUGUUUACUUCAGCUUGUUUUAUCUGAGAUGCAGAACAUGAAUUUUUUUUUUUUUAGCUAGAGCAGCAGCAUGUCCUAUAAAUAUCACAGUAAGAUGCCAUGAUGGUCAAGCACCAGAGCUUUUUUUUUUUUUUUUUUUUUAAAUAAAAGGAACCUUUUUACUUUGUUAGCUAUUUAAUUAUCUAAUUUAUGCGAACUAUAGCUGGUAAAAAGGACAAAAAAAAUAAAGUUUUUAUUUUAAUGUAUAGAAAUGGAUAAAAGAUGUAAAAUGUUCAGUUUGUUUAAUUGCAUUUUUCAUUUAUCACACAUUAUGGGGCUUGUCAACUAGUGACUCAAUUUAAAUCCAGCCAGUCAAUUAUUUUCAGCUUUAUUUUACACAGAAUGGGAGUUUUAAGGGGGAAAAUAUAAGCUUUUUUAUUAUCAUUAUAAUUUUUGUAAUGUGACAGUUGGGUAUUUGAUAUGCACGUUAAAUUUAGAAUAACAGUCCUUCAGAGAAUAUGGCUCUUAAAAGUAGUUGAAGAGCCCUGAAAUAUUGUGAUUCCUAUUUAUUUUUUUUACAUUUACCCAUAUGCUUUGAACAUUUUCUACUCCAAGGGAGGAUGAUUUAUGAUGUGCUUGAUAAUGGAUUUGGAUGUUUUUGAGUUUAUGCUGGUAAUCCUCUGAGAAGUGCAGGUUAUUAACUUUCUGAGCAGAACAAAUGGGGGAUUCCAAGCCCAGGGCUUGUGAGUGUGUUUGUGUGUGAAAUUGAAUUUUAUAUCUAUGUUUAUGUCAGUUCAACAGCAGCAGCUGUUGAUUAUUAACUAAAUUAUUUGCUACUAAUAAUCUUAAAAAUAAACCAUAUCUCUCUUGAUAAUCCCAUCUUUUAUGUGUUAUGGAAACACCUUGGGUGGAAAAAUCUGUCACUUUCUACAGAGCUAUUUAAAAAACAAGAAAAAUUGUUAAAUUACUUUAAAUGGUAAUAGUGUGAACUUGGCAGGGUAAGGUAUAUUUCUUAAUGCCAUUCAAAUAACUCUUAAACCACGUCUACAUAACACUGUGGAUAAACUGAAUUAUAGCCCUAAAUCCAAUGUCACGUAAAGGAAAACCCCUUUACCGGUGCUGUCCUUGAAGAAGAAAAGAAAAAAAACUGAGAUGUAGUUUCCUCCUCCUCCUGCUUCUGCUGUCCACACACCAGCUGCCCUCUCCUUUUGUUUACUCCUUAUGCAGCACUAAGGUUACCAUGUCAUUAAACUUCACAUCAGGUUGGGACACAUCCGUCACAAGUAAGAACACUUAAUUGCCUAAUAUAUAACUAUGAUCUAUAACUCAGUAUUAUCUGUACUGUAAUGCAACGAUUUCUUUAUUUCUUCCUCACAGGAAAGUUUUUGGGAAGUGCGGCUAAUGUUAGCAAUGUAGCCAUGGGAAUUUCUUGUACUUUCUGCGGAUAUUAAAACUUUUGUAGACACAAUAUACUGUUAUUUAAUUGCAUGCGGAUCUAUAUAAGAUUAUCUUUUUAUAGCUGUUAACGAGUUGUGUAUCAAAUAUAUGUUAUUCUAGUCAGUAUCUGGCUACUGAUGCCGAUAAUUCAAUACCGUUAGAUGUUACUCACUGCCCAGCUGUUCCUGGCGAAAACCAACACCGAGGCAGCUCGGCUCUCUAUCGAUAUUAAAUAUUAAAUUCAUCUAGAAAGUAGUAAGUAUUAAGAUGUGUACGGUGGUGUUUUACUUUUAGUCGUUUUUCGCUCGUGUUGAGAUGGAAGGAGGACACCUGUAGCAUAACUUUUGUGGUCAGUUGGCAAGUCUCCGUCAAACUAGGUUUGGGUCGUUGUGGAGAUGAUUGACAGCCGUGGAAACCAAUGAGCGAUGAGAAAUGUCUAGAGACAGUUCCAUUGUCAUGGUUACACAUGUUGACGCGUGGGCAUUCCAACAAUGGGAAAAAGAAGGCGGCACCGAUAGCAAGAGUGGAUGAGUCUUCUUCGCAACUGUAACUUUAAGAGAGUCUUUUAGGAAACUAAGGAAAAGAUAUCGAUGACAAUCACUAUUACAUUUGUAUUGUAUGAAUAUUCAGUCAUGCACCACGUUAGUGCCUUAGACUUGGGCUCUGGAGCUGGAAGGAUGAUAUCAGUAAACUCGACAUCUCUGCUUUUGUGAGCCCUCGUCAGAAGAGAGUAAAACAGGGACUGAAAGAAGGAUGUUCAGACAAUCAGAGCAAGGCAGGAGGCGUGUGAAUGCCCAGCCACCUGCGCGCAUAAGAGGAGUGGAGGUUGCGAGGGGAAGAACAGGCUAUGGCUUCACACUAUCUGGUCAGUCUCCAUGUGUGCUGAAUUGCAUCCUGAAGGGUAGUCCGGCUGACUACAUGGGCCUUCGCUCUGGAGAUCAGAUACUAAGCGUGAACGACAUCAAUGUGUCCAAAGCGUCUCACGAGGAUGUUGUCAAGCUGAUUGGCCGCUGUACAGGUGUCCUACACUUGGUCAUCGCUGAAGGCAGUCAUAACAAUGCACAUCUAGAUUCAUGUUCAAGCGAUGAAGAAUUGGGGUUCCAUGACCACAAGAGCCACUGGCUGCGGCCAAAGAUAGACUCAAAGACACUUGGCAUAAACCGUGCAGAACGUGUAGUAGCAGAAAUGCAGUCUGGUGGAAUCUUUAACAUGAUCUUUGAAAAUUCCAGCCACUCAUCCAGCAGCUCGGAGAAGGCAGUAGCUUGUGCCUCUGCUUCUAAAACCAGGGCUCUCUCAGAGCCAGACUUCUCGUACAGUAACGCCGGCACCCGACGGAGCAAUCCCAACUUGCUCACUGAAGAGGAGAUGGGCAAAGUGCUCAAUGAUGACUCUGUGUUCGUUGAUAUGUUUGAACAGCAAGAUGAAUUUGUCCUGUUGCAAAAUGCAGACUCUGCGGGUAUACUCAACGUUGGGAUGGUUGUGGGAUACUUGGGAUCUAUUGAAUUAGCUUCAACAAGUGCCAAUUUGGAAAGUGACAGCCUGCAGGCGAUUCGUGGCUGUAUGCGACGUCUGCGCGCAGAACAAAAAGUACACUCCUUGGUCCUGCUCAAAGUCAUGCAUGAUUGUGUACAGCUGUGCAAUGAUCGAGGCACUGUUCUAGCCACUUACCCUGCAGAGAAGUUAGCAUUCAGUGCCGUGUGUCCAGACGACCGCCGCUUCUUUGGCCUUGUCACCAUGCAAGCCACAAAUGACCACGCCAUGAUUCGGCACGGUGAGGAGGAGCAAGGCUUGCGUACGUCUUGUCACGUCUUUAUUGUAGACCCUGAACUCUGUCAUCAUAAGGUCCACCAAGGUGUAGCCCGACGCUUUGGCUUUGACUGCACUCCAGACCCAGAUACCGGUGGCUGCUUGGAGUUCCCACCGACAUCCCAGCCGCUUCUACAGUUCGUGUCAGUGCUUUACCGUGACAUGGGAGAAUCUAUAGAGGGUAUGCGAGCUCGAGCUUUCCUCGAUGGUGAUCUAGAUGCUCAGCAGAACAACAGCACAAGCAGCAACAGUGACAGUGGCAUCGGCAACUUCUUGCCAGAGGAGAAAAACAAUCGAGUCCUCUUGGUUGACUUGGGCGCAAACCCUAGUCGCCAUGUUCCUACAGGACUAUGGGAAAACCCACCAGGACCUCGUAGCCAAAGUGUCCUUGGAGGUCUUCCACCACCACCGCCUCCGCCGAUCUCACAUCGUAAUGGCUACCGCCCUGACCAGUUUGUAGACCACCCUCAGCCCCAUCCACAUUCCCACGGAGACCCACCUAUGCUUUCUGGCAGGCAAAUAAACUCCUCCUCACGGCUGGAUGUGUCAGGCCUUCCUUCACGCUCUCACUAUUCCGCCCAUGGCAAGAAGGUGACUGGGGCAUCAGGCCAGCGUUGGCUGCCAGUUCACGUCCUGAGAGACUGGCGUCAGGGGCACAGCAGUGAUCAGGAGUCUUAUGCAGAGUCCACAGACGGAUGGUCCAGUGCUAACUGUAGCACCCUGCCACCACCCAUGAGUAAGAUUCCAGCCGACCGGUACCGUGCUGCAGGCGAGAUCGCCUCGCAGCCUCACCGGCUCCAUGCGCAGAAGGACGAGUGGGCUAAGAAGCUGUUUGGGGAGAAGAACCUACGAGAGCAUCAGCAGCAAUCGAACGAUUGCAGAAGAAUGAAAGAUUCAGAGAAAAAGGGUGGAAGAUUUAAAGGCAUCACUAUGGGCUUUCCUCAGCGUUCCUCCGGCAGACGAUCUUUUGGACGUUCCAAGCGUCUCAGUAUGGCUCGCUCACUUGAUGACCUUGAGUCUGCGGCUGUCUCCGAUGGCGAGCUGAACAGCGUGGACCUGAAAGGCUGCGGUAGUGAUAACAGUCUGAACAGCAAUGCCAGCCUACCUAGUGUGCAGUGCCAUAGACGCCACACUGAACGGCGCGUUGCAUCAUGGGCCGUCUGCUUCGAGCGGCUGCUGCAGGAUCCUGUCGGUGUCCGAUAUUUCUCGGAGUUUCUGAAGAAGGAGUUCAGUGAGGAGAAUAUUUUAUUUUGGCAAGCAUGUGAAUAUUUCAGUCAUGUUCCUGAAACAGACAAGAAACAGCUGUCCCAGAGGGCCAGAGAGAUCUACAACAGCUUCCUGUCGAGUAAGGCCACCACACCCGUCAACAUUGAUAGUCAGGCUCAGCUGGCUGACGACAUUCUCAACGCUCCAAGGCCAGACAUGUUUAAAGAGCAACAGCUACAGAUCUUUAACCUGAUGAAGUUUGACAGUUACACACGCUUCCUAAAGUCCUACCUGUAUCAAGAAUGUAUGCUUGCAGAGGUGGAGGGACGUCCUCUUCCAGACCCCUACCAGGUCCCUAGUAGCCCCACAUCCAAACAUAGUACAAGCUCUGACCGCUCCAACCUCUCUACACCUAAAAAGGUCCUUGAUGACAAGAAGAGUAAAUCGGGAAGAUCACUGAAUGAAGACAGUAGAGACGAACAUGGCGAUAAAAAGAAAAGCAUUUUCUUCUCCUGGUCCAGAAAUAGAAGUUUUGGAAAAGGAUCAAAGAAGAAGGAACUUGGAGAGUACAGCUUUACAGGUAGUAAUGGACGGAGAGAAUCACAGGGCUCUUUGUCGUCUGGUGCGAGUUUGGAACUUGCCACCUCUGGUUCUGGAAAAAAUGAGGGUGAGACGUCGCGGAACUCCAUGGCAUUGUCUGAGCGUGCCGUGCGUCACUGUAACAUUAACCUUCCAGAUGGCUCAUGCUGCCCAGUACCCAUCAGGCCUGGCGUCUCCAUCAGAGAGGUGCUCUUAGGCUUGUGUGAGAAGCUCGGCAUUAAUCUGGCUGCUGUGGAUUUGUUCCUAGUAGGAGGAGAAAAGCCUUUAGUGUUGGACCAGGACUGCAUGACACUGUGCUCCAGAGAUCUUCGGCUGGAGAAACGUACGCUAUUCCGACUGGAUCUGGUGCCCAUAAACCGUUCUGUUGGGCUUAAAGCAAAACCCACUAAGCCAGUUACAGAAGUGCUGAGGCCAGUGGUGGCCAAAUAUGGCCUGAACUUAGGAGACCUGGUGGCCAGGAUAAGUGGAGAGAAAGAGCCGCUGGAUCUUGGGCUUCCUAUAUCUAAUCUAGAUGGACUAAGGGUGGUUCUGGAAGCAGGAGACCACGUUCCAGGAAAAGACAAACAAAAGCUGGUCUCAACUAAAAGUCACGGUCCACCUCUGUCUACACGAAGCCAGUCUGCCACAGGGGAGGACAAAGCGGCAGGGAAGGCUUCGGCUGUGAAAACCAGGGCCCAAGUGGAAAAGUGCAAACAGAAAAAACUUAAUAUAGAUGAAGCUGAAGAAUUCUUCGAGCUCAUAUCCAAAGCACAGAGCAACAGAGCUGACGACCAGCGGGGUUUGCUGAACAAAUCCGACCUCGUCCUUCCUGACUUCCUGCGCCUCGACACGGAAGCAGACGGCAACAACCUCAGCUCCACCCCUGUCUCCCACAAGACCCGGCCCCGAUCCAAGGAGAACGGCUCUGCGCUCAGUGCCAGCCACCAAUCGCAGAGCUUAGAUUCAGCGGUGGAACGCACAGCGCCUAGACGUGCCCUGAUGCCUCCCAAUAGUGCUCUCAGAAACGCAGCAAGCCGAAAUCCACCGCCGUUUAGUUCCUCACUAUCCCCAAUCCCACACUCGCAAAAAGGGGGCUCGUCCGGGAUCACAGACUGGAGGAGCGACGGAGGGGUGCAGGCACUGGAGGAAGAGGAGAGCGGCACGGACCUGACAUAUGUUGCUGAAGGCGACAUCACAAGCCCCAACAGCUCUCUCCUUCACCAGUCCCCUAUGCCUCUCCCUCCCUCCCCAGCCCGACCGUACCUCCUAAGGGAGGACACUUACCAGGACAGCUGGGCUCGAUCAGGUACCUCUCCUGUGUGAACAAACUUCGCUCGCAUGUGUUAUCCUCACCUCUCUCUGGUCCCUCCUGAAGAUGUGUGUGAUUUCUGAGUGCUGUGGAUUUGCUGUGUUCCUCAUCGUAAGCCCUGUGCCAAACCCUGGCAAAACCACCUCCUUCCUAUGUACAUUUGACACCCUUUAAGCACUUUAAUGAAGAAUCGAAAAAGAGACUUCUACCUACAAUGAAUUUGACAGUUCCCCUGAAAGUAUUUUAAAAUGACUAGCCACACACAAUCUUGACAAUCAUUAACCUUCACAGCUUUUUUUUCCACUGAGAGAAACAAUAGAGUUAUUGUAGCCAGUCGGACUGAUUUGAGGUCAGUAGUGAACUGAAGUGAUCUUGCUCGUCUUCUGCAUAUCUCUGCCCUCUAGCUGAUCACAUGAUGGCCUUAACAGGAGCCGCAACUGACUGAACUAAACAUGUGAUAAUUCUUCGACGCUAAAUAUAAACUACAUUGCAAACGUGGAGUGUUUGAGGAGACAAGCACCCUCGUUUACUCAUGAAUAUAUUUGUCUGUUCAAAAAGUUGUUCAAAUGAUGUGAAUACACAAAUGGAUUAAAACAUAAAGAAGCACAAUCCGUUUUAGUACGACAGAGGCCUGGCCUUACCUCUCUUUGGUUACCAUUAGCGUGCCUUCCAUGAGCCUGUCCAUGAAACCUAAAUAUUGACAAAGAGUCCUCAGUAACUCCUCAUGACCUCACAUUUCUAUAUUACAAUCUUAAAUUGAGACCUCAGAGCUUAUUUUCUUUUUCAUUUUUUCAUCGCAUUCUUACGAAAAUGCAAUUCAACAAUGUGUAGCUACGCAGAUCACUUCCUGUUUAUCACCAUGACAUCACUUCCAUGUUUUUUAAGCUACGGUAUCAUAUGUUACAUGUGUAAUUGUGUAAUAUAAUCCUAAAAAAGGAUUAAUUUAUCCCUUACGAAAAGUCAGUAUAUCUUCUUGAAUGAUAAAAUACUAAAUGUGUACAUAGUUUCUGUUACAGCUGUGAUUUAUUGCUAUGUUGAGUUGCCAACAUUGUUGAAUUGUUCUCCAUUCAGUUCCUUCUGACAUUGAAAUCAUUUUCAGUUUUCUGUAGCAGCCUUUUUUGUAGACGACCAAUAUCUCUACUCGGAUUGAUAUUUCUGCAAACCUGUAAAUAGUUAAAUAAAUGUUUGGGUGAGAUCUUUCUCCCUUCCUCUCA